CUUAUCUUCCCCGUUCUGUAUCCAUCCCCUGUGAAGUGAGCUCGAGCAAGAACUCAAGCGGCGGAAGCUGGGCGGAGACCUCUGACCGUGUGCCGCCGUGCUCCUGACCCCCGACUUCCGGUCUCCAGCCGCAACCCCUCGAUGGAUCUCGGCCGCUUCGCCGCCCCAGUCUCAGGGAUGUGCUGCUGCUGCCUCGACCUUGAUGAGCGCGACGGCGCCUCUGCUCCUCACACGCCGGCCUGUUGCUCCCUUGCGAAUUAGGCUGGCGGUAGGCCGGAUGUUCUCGGCGGAAGGCAUCCCGUGAAGCUAGAGCAGGCGCCUAGCGGGGUAACCGCUGGUCUCACUCCCCGCGGCGCCGGCGAGGUGGAGGAGAUGCCGCGGCGGCUAGGCGCAGCGUCGGGAGGCGGCCAGGCACGCCGCAGCGAGGCGGCCAGCCCCCUGACUAAGGAGGACCUCGUCGCUGACAGAGUUGUUUUGAUCACAACACACCCAGGAUUUAAUCGAUGGAAAGAAGAUGCAGUGGGCUGCCACGGGCAAUCUAGUGAGCGCCAGACUGCAAUCGUUGGUGCCGUCGGGAAGAAAGCUGCCAGGCAACAUCUCGGGGACUUAGCACGCCCGGACACAGGAUGGGAAGCACUUGCACAAUCCGUUAAAAACGGAUUUGGAGAAUUUGCGUGUGAUUCAUCAAGAAGAAUGGAGUGAGAUUACUUACUAUUGGUGAGACAGCAGAAUUUACAUUUGAUUCACCCUGGUUAGUCCUUGAAGAAGCCAUCAGGGAUGGGAGGCACUAUUCAAUUGGAGAGGAGAGAUUGGAUGUACUUUGGCGUGGUUGACCCGUCCUGGUUGUUAUGUUUCAGCUCUGUAGAUUGCUUCAUCCAGAUUGUCCUUCUCUAAUUUCACUAGCGGCAGAUUAGUUUUGGCGCGUAGCUGCCUAUUUUGUAGAUUCUUCCCGCGCGAGUAUUAAUUAUAAGCGAGUAUUACGGAGGGAAUCAGUACAGAGGAGGAGAAAGAUA